AUGCGUAAUCGAUUUAAUGAACUAAUACAAACUACAAAUGAUAACACUACACAAACCACUAAUAAUAAUAAUACAACCUUAACACCACCUCAAUGUAAAAAGCUUAAAAUGGCAGUAUUUUUUUCUCAUUCACGAACAGAAAGCACUAAUGUAUCUGAUGAAUUUGAUCAGUAUUGUGAAAUACCUGAAAUUUCUCUUGAAGAAGAAUCCU